AUGAAGCUUACCUUCACUAUACCGUUGGCCAUAACCAGACAAUGGUUAUAUAUACUUACAUUAUUAAUAUCCAUUUUUGGUGUUCUUUUGCCUAUUUCAAUUAUUGCGUAUUUGAAUUUCUACAAGGUGUUGAUUCCUAAACCAAUAACAAGAAUUCCUUUAAAGUUCGAUCCUUUUUCAUCUAAAGAAGUGGGAAUGAAAAGUUUAUUUUACUUGAAUAAUAUAAACGAAGUAUUAAAAGAAGAUCCAGCAAUUAAGUAUGAAAUUAGUUUGAGUUUGAACAUUGUUUGUAACCGAAAAAACUAUGACGAUAUCUAUAACAUCAAUUCAGCAUUUGUUAUUGGAGAUAAGUCAGUAUCGAAUAACUCCUUCUUGUUGAAUUGUGAUACAAGAUACAUAUAUAAUGAGAAUAACUGGUUUGUUCCCUAUAGGUUGAGAUUUUGGGUCCCCCCACUAUUGACUAAUAUCGACAAAUUGAUAAAUAUUAAAUCCCCUUUGACAAUCAUUACGGGAGAACUGUUACUUCAAUUAAUAUCUGAAGGCGACAAUACAAGAAAUGCAUUAGUACAUCUCGAUAAGCGCUUAAUUGUUGACAAUAGUAAUAGUUUCCUAGAGUUAGCAAUACAAUGGGAUGGAAUGCGCUACUAUAUGCUUAACUAUUAUUUCACGUCAUUAUUCAUUGGAGUAUUAAUCUUUUGGAUACCAAGUUCAUUUGUUUGCUUGGCUAGCAGUAUGAUAGUACUCUUGAAAUCCACUGGUGGAAAAGAAGAGUUAAGAAAAAGGGAAUAA